UACCAUUAAGACUUUGAGACGACGUUGAAGCGGUUGUGCUUUCUUCUACUCUUCUUCAGUGUUGUUCACCUCUCUAUACGAAGUAACAGUGAUUCGUUUUUUACUUAAUCGACAAAAACUGUAGAAAGAAUGUAUAAAACAGUAAGCAAUUGGGUUUUAUUAACCCUCUUAAUCAGCAGCUCAAUAAUCAGUACUUUUGCUUAUCCGAAUGUACAUCAAAUGGAAAGAGGAUUCGCCCCAAUAAGAGGGCCUCAACUACCGUCCGAAACGAUAGCAAGGAAAUUCGUUGAAAAACCAAAUUCGGUGAAGAAAGUCGCUUUGGAUGAUUUAAAUGAUAUCGAGACGAAUGAAAUUCAAGAAUCUGGAUUUACUUGGACUAGCUUAAUUGGUUCUUUGAUGCAUAUGAUCUUCAGCCCAGCCCAACAAGGUCCCAACAAAUCAGACGAUUUAGAAACAACCAACACUUCCCCAUGGGCCAAUUUAAUUUCAGUUGGUUUGAAGAUCCUCAAAGCGUUCAUUGGCGGCGGAGGCGGAGACGGAAUCGACAAAGUUGACAACGGAUCGCCCAUGCAAGGUGUUCUUGGUGCGGUUCUUUCGACAUUGGUCGGUACCCAGGAUCCGGAACAGGUCAACAUGUUGGCUAAACAGGCCGGACAGUUUAUCAACAUCGUGGUAAAUCUUUUGGAUGCUUUGAAAACUUCAUUUUCUCACCGUUCUUUAGCAGCUCGUAAUAUUGGCAGGAAAGAUUCAAUCAGUGAUGCCACUGUAGCUGGAAUAGCGAUGAUGAAAGGAUACAUCAGGUCAAUGAGCACCGAAAAAGAUAGUUGUAUGCAAAAAUUCAUGUGUGAUGCCAGCAACGAAUGUGUAACGGACAUUGGACAAUCAUCACUUUUCUGCCAAUUGGGAUCAUACGCAACUAGUUUUGUUUUGGAAAGAUCUUACAAAGACCAUACCUUUGAUAUGCUGUACGAAGCUAGUAGAAGAGGUCGCUCGGGUAUGAACUGUCAAAGAGCUUACUUAGAGUGCAACGAAGUUUAAAAAGAUAACAAAAAUAAAUCGGCAGACAAAAAAGAUUUUGUCUUUUUAAAUGAAGAAGAUUCAUCUUCUAAAUCAAGGACUGUAUAUAUAACUUUGCUUAUUACUGUACUACUAUUUAAUAAUACUUAAUUGUUCAUCCUUCAGUCCCUCCCCAUAAAAAUGGAUUAAGUUCAAAAUUUGAUUACACGAGAUUAUUUAUUAGAGCACAUAUUUAAAAAUAGCGAUCCCCUCUAUUAAAAAAAACGGUUAUUUUAGUUUUGUGAUGGACUUCCAUAGAAUCAUUUCGUCUAUUUCUGUAGAGAAAUUGUAGAGACAUUGUUCCGAUUGUUAUACCUAUAGAUGUUUCGAUUGUAAUAUUCGCGAGAGAUGAGUGAAUGUGGUUCCUUUAUUGAAGACGUGAUUGUGGUUUCUUUGUGAUGAUUUAAACCAUAUUUUAACUAUUUAGAAUUUCUAGAAUUUCUGUAUUUAUAGUAAAUCGAGGUUUUCGUCGCAAAGAAUAAUAAUAUGUAGAUGUACGUAAUUUAAUUUUUGUUUUUUGUG